UAAUCUUCUUUUCCAACUCUCAUUUUCUUAUUUCCUUCUUUUCUCUUAUGAAGUUGUGCAAGAGACUCACAAGACAGAGAGCAAAGUGGAUAGUAUUUCUAGGUUCCCUAUUACUCCUUUUUCUCAAUAAGGAGCCUAAAAGGUAUAAUAAAAGCUACUUAGCCUAGAUAAAAAAUACUGAGCAUAAAAGAUGGAUUUUAAGAAUUUUUUCUUGGGGAUAUUUUCAAAUUCUGAUACACUAUCUUCUUUACUUUGUUUGAUUGCCACCUUGAGUUUGUUCCCGUUUCUCUCUUUGAAAUAAUAUUUUUUCCUGGGAUUCCUCACAAUUUUAUGAAGCUAAUUGUGGUGCUGCAGGGACCUCUGGUCCUUAUUUUAGGACCUUGAGUACAUUAUGUUUAUUUUCCUGAGUCUUAGUGGUCAAAAUGAUGUUUAAGAAGCAGACAAAUUGAAUUUAGUAUAUUGGACAUAAAAUCUAACAUUGAAACUGUUUUAUUCCUUUACCUUAUUCAAAAAUUUUAAAUUGCAUCUGAAAAUUGUAGGCUUUUAAAGCUAAGAAAGGUACCCUAGUAUUCACCUUGUAUUAUUACCUUCAUUUUUCAGAUGACAAAAAUAAGACAAAUAGUUAUUUCUAGGUCACAAAACUAAUUAGUAUAAAUUAUAAUAGUACCCACAUCUGAUUCUCAUUCUAGUUCUUUCCUUCUACAACACUGUUCUUCUUUACUUUGAAAUAAAUUUUGUUCUGUCAAAGUUGUUAGUGUAACUACCUAGUUAAGAUAAGAUAUAUCAAGGCAAAAAAGCAACUAUAGGGAAGAGGAUUUAUUUAUUUGUUUGUUUUUAGGUUUUGUGGACUUUUUUUUUUCUUGAUACCAGUUGCCUUGGGGCAUCUAGGUGGUACAGAGAAUAUAACACUGGGCCUGGAAUUAGGAAGAUUGAAAUUGAGUUGAAAUCUUGCCUCACAUACUUACUGGCUAUUUGACCCUGGGCAAGUCACUUAAGUUUGUUGCCCUCUUUCCUCAUCUGUAAAAUGAGCUAGGGAAGGAAAUGGAAAACCACUCCUUUGUCUUUGCCAAGAAAACCCCAAUAAGGAGUCACUGGGAGUCAGACAAGACUGAAAUAAUUGAACAGCAACAGCUAGUUGUCUUUAUAAAUGAAGAGUAAAUGGUGUUAGAAGACUUAAUCUAAGACAGUAGGAUUUUGAGAAGGAACUUGAAAGUCUAGAGGUAGGCUAAUUCAGAAACAAUAGUAAAAGACAGUCUCUUACUUCAAUGGAGCCAGACUAGGAGUCAGUAAAUACCAAUUUUAUUAUUAAGUAGGUAAGAACAAGUUAGUCACUUCAUUUCUCUGACCUGCUUUACCAACUGUUUGCAAUAAUAGGAAAAGAAGGAACUGUUUCCUUCUCAUUCUAUGAAUAUGGACUUUUUGAUACAUAAACCAGAAUGAGGCAAAGAGAGAAAGAAAAUUAUACACUAGUUUCUAUAGAGAAUAUUGACACAAUUUUAGAUAAAAUUUUAGCAAAGAAGCUACAACAGUGUAUUAGAAGAAAGUAUACACGAUAACCAGGUUGGAUUUAUACUGGCUCCAACAUAAAAAAAGAAUAUAAAUAAUGUUAAUAACAUAACUAAUUUAAAAACCUGUUUCUAUCAUAGAUAUCAAAAAGGUUUUUGACAAUCUAACAGGUGUUCAUGUUUUUAAAAAAAAUGAGAAAACAUAGCAAUAACUGGACUUUUCCUUAGUAUUGUAAAUAUAUUUAUCUAAAACUAAGAGCAAACAUAUGUAAUGAAGAAAGUUUAAGGAAUAAACACAGACAAAAUUACUGCUUUUUGAGCUGUUAUGAUGAUUUUAUUAGAAAAAGCUAAAAAAAAAAUAAAAAAUUUAUUUAAAUAAUAAAUUCAGCAAAGUUUCUGGAUGUAAAAUAAAUCUACAUAAAUUAUUAUAAUUCCUUUAGAUUAUUAACAAAACCCAGCAGUAUGAGCUAGAAAAAGAUAUUUCAUUCAGAAUAAUUGUGAUUUUUUAAAAAGAUAUUUACCUGUCAAAAUAAGUCUAGGAACUCCACAAAUUCAGCUAUAAGAUACUCAUUGCCAAAACAGUUGGAGAAAUAGUCAAUAGCUCAUGAGUAGGUCAAGCCAAUAUGAUAAAAAUGACAAUAUUACUUAAAUUCAAUUAUUUAGUUCCAGGCCAAUCAAACCACCAAAGGAUUAUUUCAUAGAGUAAGAAAAAAAAAUCAAAUUCAUUUGGAGGGACAAAAAGUCAAAAAUCUUACAGCUAAUAAUGAGGGGCAAGUGGUGGGUUGGUGAACUGGCAAGUAAAGAGGCCUCUCAAUACUGGGUUUCAAGCUAUGCUACAAAGUAGUAAUUAUUAAAUAAUUUGUUUUGGAGUAAAAAAUAGAUUGAUAAGUGGAACCUAAAGAUUAGGUAUUCAGCAUAACAAGCAAGUACAUGUAGAAGCAUAGUGUUUGGAUAAAUUUGAAGAUCCAGGUUGUUAGGGUAGGCUUAUAUUAUUUGAAAAAAACUGCCAAGAAAACUGGGAAAUGGUUUAACAGAAAUUGGAUAUAGACCAGUAUUUCUUUGUUUUUUUCUUUUUUGGUGGUGGUGGUGGGGGUUAUUUAAUUUAGUUAAUUUAGAAUGUUUUUUCAUGGUUACAAGAUUCAUGUUCCUUCCCUCCCCUUUCCCCAAUCCCUUCCACUGUGUUUUACAUGUGUCAUUGAUCAAGACCUAUUUUCAUAUUAUUGAUAUUUGCACUAGGGUGAUCAUUUAGAGUUUAUAUCCCCAAUUAUAUAUCCCCAUUGACCCAUGUGAUCAAGCAGUUGUUUUUCUUCUAUGUUUCUGCUCCCACAGUUCUUCCUCUGAAUGUGGAUAGCAUUCUUUCUCAUCAGUCCCUCCGAAUUGUUCUGGAUCACUGCAUGGCUACCAGUAGAGAAGUCCAUUACCUCGAUUGUACCACAGUGUAUCAGUCUCUGUGUACAAUGUUCUCCUGGUUCUGCUCCUUUCAGUCUGCAUCAAUUCCUGGAGGUCAUUCCAGUUCACAUGGGAUUUCUCCAGUUCAUUAUUCCUUUGAGCACAAUAGUAUUCACUAACCAACAGAUACCACAAUUUGUUCAGCCAUUCCCCAAUUGAAGGGCAUCCCCUCAUUUUCCAAUUUUUUGUCACCACAAAGAGACGGCUAUAAAUAUUCUUGUACAAGUCUUUUUCCUUAUCUCUUUGGGGUACAAACCCAGCAGCGCUAUGGCUGGGUCAAAGGGCAGGCAGUCUUUUAGUGCCCUUUGGGCAUAGUUCCAAAUUGCCUUCCAGAAUGGUUGAAUCAAUUUACAAUUCCACCAGCAAUGUAUUAAUGUCCUAAUUUUGCCACAUCCCCUCCAACAUUUAUUACUUUCCUUGCUGUCAUGUUAGCCAAUCUGCUAGGUGUGAGGGGGAACCUCAGAGUUGUUUUGAUUUGCAUUUCUCUAAUUAUAAGAGAUUUAGAACACUUUUUUCAUGUGAUUAUUGAUAAUUUUGAUGUCUUUAUCUGAAAAUUGCCUUUUCAAGACCAAUAUUUCUUAAUGUAUGCCAAGAAAAACUAAAUUGACACAUAACUGAGCUAUAAAAGAUUAUAUCAUGAGCAAGUUAGAAAACCAAAGAAGUUACUUUUCAGAUUUAUGGAUAGGAAAAGUUCAUGACUGAACAAAUUAAUAGGGAGGAUCAUGGAAAAUAAAAUGGACAAUUUUGGAUUCUACAAGAUUGAAGUUUUUGCAUAAAUAAAACAAAAGGGGAAAAAGAAAUCUAUGCAGAAAGUUUCUCCAACAAAGAUCAUUUCUAAAGUAUAUAUGGAAUGGAUUAAAAAUUUUAAGAACCAUUUUCCAUUUGAUAAAAUGUCAAAGAAUACAAAUAGACAGUUUUCAAACAAAGCAGAGAAAGCAGCGAAAAUUUCAAAGAAAGAAUUCCAACUUAUAAAUAACCAUAUGAAAAAAUGUUUCAAAUCAGCAAUAGAAUUAUAAAUUAAAACAAUGUACCCAUCAAGGUGGCAAAGACAACAAAAGAGGAAAAUGACAAAUGUCAGAGAUCUUGGAAAACAAGUUCUUUGGUGCUUUCUUACUGGGUUUAUAAAUUGAUACGGUAAUUCUGGAUAACAUUUUGUAACCAUGCUUCCAAAUAAACUAAACUGUACACUUUGACCUAAUUAUACCACUACUAGGCCUAUACCCCCAAAGAGUUUAAGGAAAAAUGAUCUGCAUAUAAAAAAUAUUUAUAGCAGCUCUUUUUGUAGUAGUCAAAAACUAAAAACUAAAGAGGUGCCCUCUACUAAGGAAUAGCUAAAUGAAUGGAAUGGAUUAUUAUUAUAUAUAAGUAAUGAUGAAAUGGCAAGUAUUACUUUACAUAGAAAAAUGACUUUGAAAUUCAUACUACUCUGAUUAAUGAUAAAGUACUAGUUCAGAGGAUUGAAGAUGAAUUACACUACCCACUUUCUGCCAGAGAAACAGUGGAUUUAAAAUCUAGAAUGAGAGAGUUGAUGGUUACCUCUUAGCAGUUUUCUAACACCAAGAAGUAAGGUAAAGUUAUAAAUAACUUAAAAUCUUGAACUGUAAAGAUAUUAUUCAGUGCCAGGACUCCAAGAUGCUUAAGGGAAACAAACUCUUAACAUCUUACCCUCCUACGCUAAUAGUUAUUACUUCUCUUCUAUAUUAAUUUCAGUUUUUAUAUUUCAGAUAAGAACUAGGGAAUCAGGGAUGAGGGAAGAGAUAAUCUUAGGGAAAGGACCUCCAAGUUACAGAGGACAAGGAUGUAAGACUAACAGACCUUUUAGAACUUCAAAAUAUAUCCCCAAAUUGUAAAAUAGUCUUUACCACCUGAUACAAAUUUUAGAGCUAAACAAGAACUUAAGAAUAGUUGGCUAUUGAAUUCUGGCCUUGGAUGCUUCCUACCUGUAUGACCCUGGGCAAGUCAUUUAGCCCCCAUUACCUAGCCCUCACUUCUCUUCUGUCUUGGACCCAAUACACAGUAUUGAUACUAAGAUGGAAGGAUAUCCUACAAGAGGGGGAUAUAGACCAAGAUGGGGGCCUGACCCUUGAAGAAUUCACCAGCUACCUACAGGAACAUGAGAGACGACUGCUGCUUAUGUUCCACAGCCUGGACGGGAACCAGGAUGGCCAUAUAGAUGCCUCAGAAAUUCAGGAAAGCUUCCAAACCCUGGGUGUUUCCAUCUCUUUGCAGCAGGCUGAAAAGAUUCUGCACAGCAUGGACCGUGAUGGGACAAUGACCAUUGACUGGCAAGAAUGGCGAGACCACUUCCUGCGGCAGCCCCUGGAGAACAUGGAGGAUGUACUGAAGUUCUGGAAACACUCAACGGUCCUGGACAUAGGGGAAUGUCUGACAGUGCCAGAUGAGUUCUCAGAACAGGAGAAGCUAUCAGGCAUGUGGUGGAAACAGCUGGUGGCAGGAGCUGUGGCAGGGGCCGUGUCACGGACAGGCACAGCCCCCCUUAACUGGCUAAAGGUUUUCAUGCAUGUUCAUGCCUCCAAGAACAACCAGUUGAAUGUCCUAGGAGGGCUGCGGAACAUGGUCCAAGAGGGUGGCAUCUGCUCUUUGUGGCGUGGAAAUGGCAUCAAUGUACUGAAGAUCACACCUGAAUCUGCCAUCAAAUUCAUGGCAUAUGAGCAGAUCAAGUGGGCGAUUUGGGGGCAGCAGGACAUGCUGCGGGUGCAGGAGCGCUUUGUGGCAGGGUCCCUGGCCGGGGCCACAGCCCAAACCAUCAUCUAUCCCGUGGAGGUGCUGAAGACAUGGCUAACCCUCUGUCGAACUGGCCAGUACAAAGGAUUACUGGAUUGCGCAUGGCAGAUCCUAGAGCAGGAGGGGCCCAGAGCCUUCUACAAGGGCUACCUGCCCAAUGUCUUGGGCAUUAUCCCCUAUGCAGGAAUCGACCUGGCUGUCUAUGAGACCCUGAAGAACAGGUGGCUCCAGCAGGACAGCCACCACUCAGCUGACCCAGGGAUCCUUGUGCUGUUGGCCUGCGGCACCAUUUCCAGUACCUGUGGCCAGAUCACCAGCUAUCCCUUGGCUCUGGUCCGAACUCGUAUACAAGCUCAGGCUUCCAUCGAGGGUGCCCCAAAGCUCACCAUGCUGGGCCUCUUCCGUCACAUCCUUUCCCGAGAGGGGGUGUGGGGCCUGUACUGAGGCAUCACCCCCAACUUCAUGAAAGUGAUUCCGGCUGUGAGCAUCUCCUAUAUCGUCUAUGAGAACGUGAAACAGGCCCUGGGGGUCACCACCAGGUGAGGAGCUGGGGCUUCCCUCCUUCCCUUCCCUGCUGGAUCCUGUCCCUUCUCUUUUGGAUCCUGGUGAUAAGACCACCCCUAUGCCAGUUUUCUUGGCUGCUCCUGGAGUCUGCAACCAACUGAUCUACCCCAACCUGGUUACUAACACUGGAUCACCGGAGGAACCUAUCCCAGGAUCUGCUCUGCAUGGCAUUGGCAUUGGAUUCCCCACCUCUGGUGGAGGUGGGGAUGGUGGUAGCACUUCACCCCUACCCACUGCACUGAUAUGGAAAUGAUCUGGUCUCCUCCCUAACCCUCUACCCUAUAACCCUGCACUGCAGCACCACUGGGUCCCCACUGGGAAUGCAAAUUCCCUGCAUCCUUUCCCCAUAUCCCCUGGCUUCACCCAGGGGAGUGACACUGUCUUGCUCCAGUCCCUGACCCUUCCCUGUCACAAGGGGAUAAACCUAACAAAUCUGUGGAGGAAUGCAGGGUGGGGAAGACACUGAAGUCAAUCUCCUAUAGAGGGAGGGGACUCCAUGGCCCCAGGCAGAGAAUGUCCAGAGAUCCAAAGUUCAGGAUGAGCCUUCCACUGGUUUCUCCCACAUCUCCUUUUCUUUCCCUCUUUUCCCACCCCUCACCCUUAGGUAUGAAAUGAGUUUGAACAGUACUGAAAAGGGACCCAGGACAGGGCUAGGACCUCCUUCUGAGCCAUACUUAGGUCCAUGCCCCUCCCUCCAAUAGCCUCCAAACAUAUACAUUCCAAUAAGGAAGGAAGGAA